AUGACCUCAAAGUUUCUUGCUAAAUAUUUCUCCUCAGCUAAAACGGGCAAGUUAAGAAGAGAAAUCCAUAACUUUUGCCAGAAUGAGACUGAGAUUGUGUUUGAAGCAUGGGAGAGGUUUAAGGAGAUAGUGCGAAAGUGUCAACAUAGCGAAAUUGAACUCUGGAUGCAACUCCAGGACUUUUGGGAUGGUUUGACACCGACCUCACGGAGAACAUUGAGUAAUGCAGCUGGAGGUCCAUUGAUGAAAAAGACUCCAGAGGAGAUAGUCACUAUUCUUGAUGAAUUGUCUGAAGAUGCAAAUCAGUGGCCCUCGGAGAAUGCUGAAAGAAGAAGAUCAACUGGUGUUUACCAGGUUGAUGCUAACACAUCUGUGCAGGUACAACUUGAUGCCAUGGCAAAAGAAAUAAGGAAGCUAACCUUAGCUUCAAUACAUAAUGAGCCUCAUGCAGCAUGUGACAUAUGUGGAAGAAGACACCCUACUCAUGAGUGUCAAGCUUCAAUGGAGGAGGUUAACGCUGUGGGUAAUUACAAUUUCAAUGCAAUGGGUCAGAAGCACCCCAGUUUUUCAUGGAGUUCACCUGGGGGUACAGCAAAUUCAUCGCAACAAAAUAACUCCAGAUUUCAAGGAGCUCCUAGUUUUGGGAAUCAGCAGAGGCCGCAGUUUCAGCCUCAACAACCAAUUCAAUCUGGGUUAGAAGAUCUAAUGAAAUCCUUCAUUGUCAAGACUAAUGAAAGAUUAGAUGUUCAUGGGGCAGCUAUCAAGGAACUUGGGACAAGUUUGCGUAACUUGGAGAGACAAGUGGGACAAAUUGCAACUGUAUUAUCUAAGAGAAUCUCAGGUACUCUACCAGCUGAUACUGAAAAGAAUCCCAAAGAAACAGUAAGUGUUGUGACCUUGAGAAGUGGACAAGUGUUGAAGGAUCCAACUCCAUUUCACAAAGAAGCUGCGCCUGAAAAAGAAAGUAACCAAGGAAAUGGAACUAGGGCGACAGGUGACGUCCCCAGUAACCUCAUGAAUGCUAUCAACGAGAACUACGAAACACUAGCGAUGUUGUGA